UCUUCACGUCAUUUUGAAACGUCAAGUGAGUAAUCAACAAACUGCUUAAUUAAUUUUUUUGUGCCCCUAAUUAAGACGUUACAUUUAGAUAAAUAAAAUUUGUGGUGCAAUGGCCAAUAUUGACGAAAGCAGACUGCGCCAGUGGCUCUCAAAGUACCACAACCCCGACGUAACAUUUCGGGACGUCCUGAACGCAGUGAACCACUACCAGGGGCUCCUCCCCUUCCACGAAUACUACACUUUCACCGAUGGCUCCACCAUGGAGUUGGUCAAUUUGACGGGCACCAUCCCCGUCAUCUACAAAGGCAACACUUACAACAUUCCCAUUUGCAUCUGGCUGAUGGACACGCACCCCAAAAACGCCCCCAUUUGCUACGUCAAACCCACAGCAGACAUGUCCAUCAAACCGUCAAUGUUUGUGGACCAGAAUGGUAAAAUAUACCUGCCGUACCUCCACGACUGGAAGACCCAUGAUGGGACGUCGGACCUUCUGGGGCUCAUUCAAGUCAUGAUUGUGACCUUCGGGGACCAGCCCCCCGUUUUUGCACGGCCGAAAGACACAGACAUGCCCUAUCCCUCCAACUCGUUUAUGCCAGGAGGGGGUUACAUGCCCCCAUACCCCCCUACAUCAUACCCCCCAACCUCCGGUUUUGGGGGCUACCCCCCUUACCCCCAGUCGAGUAAUUUACCAUACCCUAGCUAUAAUCCGUAUCCGACCCCAUAUCCACCCUACACGGGGGGUGGAUACCCUGGGCCUUCGCCCGCUGUUGGGGGCACAGGGACCAUAAAAGACGAACACAUUAGAGAGUCUUUAUUGACCGCAAUUGAGGAGAAAUUAAUGAGACGGAUGAAAGAAUUGUUUCAACAAAAUCAAGCCGAGCUUGAGACCCUACAAAGGACACAAGAGGAGCUCAAGCAAGGAAAAAUGAAAUUAAACACGAUUUUGAGUAGGCUUGAGAAGGAGAAAAGCGAUUUGGAUAAAAAUAUAACUUUGUUGAAAGACAAGGAACAAGAGUUGGAUAAAGCGAUCGAAAGGUUGAGUAAUGAGGAGGAGAUUGAUGUUGAUGAUGCUGUGACGACUACAGCGCCGCUGUAUAAACAGUUAUUGAAUGCGUUUGCUGAAGAAGCUGCUCUAGAGGAUGCAAUUUAUUACAUGGGGGAAGCCCUCAGAUGUGGUGUUAUUGACUUGGAUGUGUUUCUCAGACAAGUGAGGACUCUGUCCAGGAAGCAGUUUAUGUUGAGGGCUUUGAUGCAAAAAUGCCGCCAAAAAGCCGGACUUGCUGUUUAAAUUUAGUCAGUUUUUAUUAUAAUAUAGUGUUAUGCAGUGAAUUAUGUUAUCUUAUAAUCAUUAAUACUUAUGAAAUAUAUAUUUAAUUACCAAAA